AUGACCUGGUAUAUCUAUGCCCAACUUCUUGAAGAAAGUGCCGAAAAAUGGAAAGUUGAUCUCUUUGGUAUUAGCCAAGGGUUUGUCUUAUUACACGAAGCCCAGCAUUUAGCAUCCAUCGUUGGGGAUUCUAAUGUGUGUAAGGACGAAGCAUACGGUCCAAAUCAAUGCCAAGAACUAGCACCCAGUUUAAAGAUUGUCAACGCCGAUUCGAUGGUCAUUUUUGCCCUAGACGUAUAUUCUGUACCACCGUUAGGAUCCGUUAAAGAUUGUAGUUCUAGUUCAAAACGAUCGAAUAAGUUCCAACCUGCCGAUAUACGACUAGACAAGCCAGCUAGUAGCUCUACCGACAGGACUCGAUCGACUAGAUCUACAACAUCAUUGAAUACUAGUACUUCAUCUAUUAAACCGGUUACUGCGUCUCUCCCACGAAGCCGCUCAACCAACGGGACUCAAUCGAGUAGAUCUGCCACGGCUGUGCCGAUCAUAACAAGAGCUCUAAUAACUACGUCCAUAUCAAUUCCGUCUGGAGAUAUAUUAAGCACAUCUUUAUCUACAACGACAUCUUCUGUUACCCAAAACGGCAUCGUUGUUCCAAUCAUCAUUGUAAUCCCAAUUGUUGAACCCGUCCCGAAGGACCCUCCCGUUGGAGGAGACGGUACGGGCACAAAUGGAGGUAGCAAUGACAAUAAUACCCCUACAGCAUCAAAGCCCGCAGUCUCAAGCUCCUCUUCGAGCUCGGAAGCCCUAUCCAGCACUUCCAGCAGCACUUCCAGCAGCACUUCCGCGAGAUGUACCGCUUUGAAGCCCUUUGCAAACGAAUUCGCAUUCAGGGACAAUACUAUAAUACCGAUCGAUGUAAUAAAAUCUGUAUUGGCGAUUAUUGCUAUUGGCGUUACAACUAGUGGUGACACUGCAGAAACUACAUCGACACCCCCCUCAACCGUAUCUACUGCUCCAAGCACCGCUACUAGCACCAGCACCACCUCAUCGCCGGCGGCCCCCAGUGGGAGUAUUAUUGUCACCCUGGCACCGGGUGUCAGCCCUAAUCUCCAAUAUUAUGUCCAGAACACCUGUUCCGUCACAGCUACUGUAACUUGGACGCUCGUUAGCCCCCAGACCCCAGAAGGCGUCUCGCCAAUCAGAGACAGAGGAAGUGAAGAAUAG